AUGAUGAUGAUAGGCGUGUCAGACGCCGUGAUGUGUAGGGCUUUCUACUCCACGCUCUCCGGUCGGGAGGCAGAGUGGUUCCGAAUGUUGCAGCCGGGUUCUAUAGCUGACUUUCCUACCCUGGCAAUGAAGUUUGUGCGGAAGUUUAUUACUUCCAAGAUAGUGAGGAAGCCCUACAUGUACUUGGAAAAGGCCAAGCAGCUUGAAGGGGAGAGCUUGUCCGAUUUCCUUGUCAAGUGGAAAGCCGCGGUCGGGGAGGUUGAACCGAUGGACGAUGCAACCGCCACCCAUAUGCUCCAUAUUUCUCUCCAGGUGGGUUAUCUUUACCAAGAUUUCAUCCUCCAUCCCCCGGCCACUUAUGAAGAAGCCCUUCGAAGGGUGACGGAUUACGCUAAUGCCGGAGAAGCGAAUGCCGUCAAAAGAUCGCAGGAGGUCAGGACUUCAUCCCGUAAGCCAGCCGGCCGGGCGGAACAUCGGUCGAGUGAUGACCAUCCCCGAUCCAGCACCAAGCCUGGCGAGUUUACGGCCUUGAACCAAUCAGCGGCGGAAGCUAUGCAGUACGCCCAAUCUUGCAAUCUCAUCCGACUCCCUCAUCCCGGACAAGACGGACCGGACAAAUCUAAGCAUUGCGCUUACCACCGGUGUGCCGGGCAUGACACAGAAGAGUGCACGCACUUACGCCAGCUCUUGGAGGAUUUGUUGAGUAUCAGAAAGCUAGAUAAGUGUGUGGGGAAGAGAGAAGAAGCGAAGAAGAAUACCGAUAGGAGAGAUCAACGACGUUCUCAUCACCGCUCUGAUCGCUCCGAUCGUGCUGAACGUUCAGAUUGGUCGGGUCAUGACCAUAGGGAUGACCGCCGGGACCCCGACCCUCCAUCUAGCAGUCGACCAGCAGGCAAGCCGACCAUCCAUGUCAUUUUUGGUGGAUUGGAUGAUGCUUCCCGACCGAGGGAGAAUUGCCCGGUCGCGAUUGUAGACUCCCGUGAAACCGGGAAAAGACAAAAGAUGGAGCCCAUAACCUUCACCUUGGAGGAUCAGCCCAAUAGUGGUGACCACGGGUUGGAAGCGCUCGUGGUCACGAUCGAUGUGAAUGGGACCGAUGUCCAGAGGCUUCAUCUGGACAAAAGCGAGCUGAUUCCGGUCGGUUUACCAUUGUCUGGAUUCACCGGGGCCCUCAUUCGCCCCGAAGGAAAAAUUGUUCUCCCGGUCGAGAUAGGCACCCCGCCCAAGUCUGUCAAGACCGAGUUAGAGUGA